UCGCGGUGUCGUGCAUAUCGGUGCACAUUUCUUCUCGUCGUUUCGUGCCCUACAAUUGCUUCCAGUCUGCAACUCUCUUCCUUCGGCAAGAGGGUUGCUACUCAGAACGCCAGCCAAUCUACAGCAGAGUUGCCCCACAGUACAGAUAGCAAUUCGAGUCUGUCACACUUUCUGGCAAGGCGACUGCAAGCGUUCGGGCCGAUGUCUGCUUGUGUAAUUGGCUACCUGAAAAGAAAUCUAGAAAUCCCUGGCACAUUAAUCGGCCUUGAGUAUCCUAAUUUAGUUUCCAUGAUAGUCACAAUGGCUAUUAUUGUUCUCAAUUCAUGCCAUGAAUCAGUUUUAGUCAUUCUAGCAAGAAAAGUAGUUGCUGCUUUUGGUCCACCUGAAAUCUGUUUUAGCUUCACUUACAGAAAGACUCGAAUAUUGACAACGCCAAAGGAUGUUGUUCUUUUAAGGGUAGCAUCGGCUCGUAAGGGAGCGCCACAACAGGGCUACUCCAUUUCGGAUGCCCCAUCUUCCCAUGUUUGCGCAAGUGCAGGAGUUCUUUCAAACUACUUUUUACCUCCUGCCCUUGAAGAUUGGGUAUAUCAUUCAAUGUAUUUUGGAAUGUAUCUGGCAGCUGCCUACAGAUUUUGUCUUAUCUCCAGCAUCACUCUUCUACACUUUUGGACAAGCCCUCAAGAAGGCAUUUUCACUGCUGAGGUGGGAGUUGAUUGCUCGCGUGAUCUGACAAUCCAGGCUCUGUAUAUUGCAGAGCUGAUACCGAUCGCUUUGUAG